AGGUGUUUCACUUCUCUACGCCUACAGUCAACAAAGAGGCUUAGUAGUUCAAGAAUAAUACUGGAGAACACCUUCUCCUUUCUCAAAUUGUAGGUCAGUCCCUUUCAUUGUGCUGUGGGAUCACCUCAGUCCAUAUUUUAAAAGGCCAUUAUGGACCAUACAAAGCUGAAAUAGAGUUGAAAUUGAGGAAUGGAGAGAUCGAGUUGCAGUAUAUAAAGCAAUGGAAGGUUUGAGAACCAGCAGUUGGAGAUUCCUUCAGAUUCCAUAUUUAAAAGGACGGGUGUAUUUGGAGGAAAGAUGGGUCAGAUCCUCCAGUCUACGUUUUUACUUGUAGUUGCUCUUACCACAAUCAGAGGAACGCUUGAGCAGAGAAUUAUCGGAGGCCAGGAAGUCGUCCCAUACUCCAUUAAGUACCAGGCAUCGAUCCAGUACAAUAAGCAGCACUACUGCGGGGCCACGCUUAUUCGUCCCCAGUGGGUAGUAUCUGCUGCACAUUGUUAUAAACCUCCUUCUCUGAUCCAAGUUGUCUUGAGUGAGCACAAUCUACUAGAACAGGAAGGAUUCGAGCAAGAAAUCAACGUAUCCAGGAUCUUUUAUUACAACUACAACUAUAGAACGUUCAACAAUGACAUCAUGUUGCUCCAGCUGGAAAGGCCCGCCCAGCUCAAUGCCAACGUCCAGCCUGUCCCCAUUGCUGACCCGAAUGCCCCGCCGCUCGAAGGAGGGGUCACCUGCACCGUGAGCGGCUGGGGGGUGACCCGCGUCUACAGCUACACCCUCUCCCCCGUGCUGCGUGCUGUCGACGUCAACAUCAUCCCUGAUUGCCAGUACUACUAUUACUGGAGGGUCAACAACAACAUGCUGUGCGCCGGCUCCCAAUUCGGGGGAAAAGACUCCUGUCAGGGAGACUCAGGUGGGCCCCUUGUAUGCAAUGGCCUUUUUGAAGGCAUAGUCUCCUGGGGGAUCAGCUGUGCCAACCCCUACUACCCUGGGGUGUACACAAAAGUGAGGAACUACACCCCCUGGAUCAACUGGAUCAUCGCCACCAACUGAGCCCCAGCUUAUCCAUGUGAGACUAGCUAGCUUGGAGAGGGAUGACACCUGAACAACCACUUCUGCUGGUUGUGCUUUAUGUAAAGACACCAUUAAAUGAGAGCGUAUACUGACCACCACAGCAUAGCUUGGACAUUAGCCUUAUAGGGGUGAAUACUCCAAAGAUGGCAUGGAAAACAGCAUUGCCACCCCUAAUGUGCGUUAUGGAAUGAGUAGCUUUUUUUUUUUUGUUUGUUUUUCAACCUGACAAUUGAAAUAAUGGACCCAGCAAUACCAUCACUGUCUGACAGUUUGUAAUAGUACUGCAAAUCUUUAAAAAGGGCUAAAUAAAAAAGGACUGAGAUGAAAUGA